UUACCUUUCUUCAAUUCCCCAUUAAUUUUCAAACAAAAAACUCCAACAAAAUCCACCCCAAAAUUCAAUCAAACAAUUCAAAAUCCCCCAAUAUGUCUAGACAACAAUCUCUACAUACCUUAAAACACCUCAUAAACCCAUCAAAAAAAUCCUUGUCCACCCUCAAAUCCAUCACCCGAUCAGUCACAUACAUGCCUCGUCCCGGUGACGGAUCAACACGCAAUGUUACGCUGAUUCCAGGUGAUGGAAUCGGCCCAUUGGUGACAAGUGCAGUAGAGCGAGUCAUGAAUGCCAUGCACGCUCCUAUAACCUUCGAAAAGUACGAGGUACGAGGUAAUAUGCAUAAGAUUCCAGAUGGGGUUAUGGAAUCAAUUAAGGAAAAUAAAGUUUGUAUAAAAGGUGGGUUAAUGACGCCUGUUGGUGGUGGUGUAAGUUCAUUGAAUGUGCAUUUGAGGAAGGAACUUGAUUUAUUUGCUUCUUUGGUGCAUUGUUUUAAUAUGGAAGGGCUUCCUACAAGACAUAAGAAUGUUGAUAUUGUUGUUAUAAGAGAGAAUACUGAAGGUGAAUAUGCUGGAUUGGAACAUGAGGUUGUUUCUGGUGUUGUGGAGAGUCUUAAGGUGAUUACAAAGUUCAACUCUGAACGUAUUGCAAAAUAUGCGUUCGAAUAUGCUUACUUGAACAACAGAAAGAAAGUGACUGCUGUGCAUAAAGCCAACAUCAUGAAACUCGCAGAUGGGCUUUUCUUAGAAUCAUGUCGGGAAAUCGCAGCACAAUAUCCUACCAUCGAGUAUAACGAGAUUAUCGUAGACAAUUGCUGCAUGCAACUCGUGGCUAAACCCGAGCAGUUUGAUGUGAUGGUUACCCCUAAUCUUUAUGGUAAUUUAGUUGCAAAUGUUGCUGCUGGUAUUGCUGGGGGAACUGGGGUCAUGCCAGGCGGUAAUGUAGGUCCUGAUCAUGCUGUAUUCGAGCAAGGUGCGUCAGCAGGAAACGUAGGGAAAGUGGAAAUGGUGGAAGAAAAGAAAGCAAAUCCUGUGGCUCUGCUUCUUUCUUCAGCCAUGAUGUUGCGGCAUCUCCAAUUCCCGUCAUUUGCUGAUCGGUUGGAGACUGCUGUUAAGCGUGUAAUUGUAGAGGGAAAAUACCGAACCAAGGAUCUCGGUGGUUCAAGUAGUACUGAAGAGGUCGUUGAUGCUGUUAUAGGCAAUCUGGAUUAAUGAUCUGCUGGUCAUUACAUAGUUUUUUGGUCAUUCUUGCAACAUGGUAUACUUUUUGGAGAUAAUUUCCGCCCAAACUAGAGAUACUGUGUUCCAUUUAAAUUGCUGUAUUUGACCUUUUGAUUUAAGCGAGUUUAAUAUUGAUUUGUUUUUUAUA